UUUUCAACUCUCUGUCUCUCUUUCUGUCUCCCCCCCCCCCCCCCCCCCACACACAACUCGCAUACAGGGACAGGCACGCAGGCCCGCACGCAUUCAAACAGAAGAGCAGAUUUUCUCUGUGAAUCCCAACGGAACACCGAAAUAAGAAUCCAAAACCCUAGGGAACUGAUCUACCAGCUGAUUGUUUACCUAUAUGCAAAUACGGUGCUGUAGAGAGAGUGAGUGUGUGUGGAUUUUGGUUCGAGCCCUAGAGAUCGGCGGCAGCGAUGGCGUCGUCUAAGGUGAUGGCGUCUUCGACAUCGAGAAAUUCGGAUCUAAGACGAAGGCCUUCCUCCUCGGCGUCCGCUAAAUCGUCAUCGAUGUCUGAGCUCCACAGCAAUCACAAGGAAGAUAAUAGUAGCUGUAAUUUGGGGUCAAUGACCGUCGAUGGACUGCUGAGGAAUGUCUACAGCGAAAAUCAAGGGGCGGAAAGCAGAUUGCUCGACGCGGAGAUCACUCUGUUGGAUGAGGCCGGAGCGGUGACGGCAAUAAGUGACAAUGAAGGGAACGGGAACGCGCCCAGGCUUCAGAAGCAAGAGAGCAGUUUGUCGAGUAGUAAGACGGUGGAUGAUGUGUGGAAAGAGAUCGUGGCCGGCCGGAGGCAGUUGAAGCAGGAGGCUCCGGAUGAGAUGAUGACUUUGGAGGAUUUUUUGGCGAGGGCCGGAGCGGCGGAGGAGGAGGGCGUGAAGGAUGUGAAGCUGGAGUCGGAGAGGUUGAGCGGAGGGCUUUAUCCGAUACCGAUGAGUCCGUUUUUGUCCCAGCGGAGUGUGGACAGCGGGAUAGAGUUUGGGAAUGGGGUGGAAGGGAUUGGAGGGAGAGGGAAGAGGCGAGCUGUCAUGGAGCCUUUUGAUAAGGUUGCGCAACAGAGACAGCGGAGGAUGAUUAAGAAUAGAGAGUCUGCUGCCAGGUCAAGGGAGCGAAAGCAGGCAUAUCAAGUUGAGCUAGAAUCUUUAGCAGUUAAGUUAGAGGAGGAGAAUGAAAAGUUGUUGAAAGAGAAGGCUGCACAAACAGCUGAAAGAUAUAAGCAGGUCAUAGGUUUUAGUUGUAAAAACAGCCUCUUUGUUCUCCAAAGGGUAAGGCUAUGUUCAAAAACAACCCUCUUUCAACCCUUGCAAAGUGGAGAGCCUUGUGCACUGGAAUGCCUUUUAGGAAUAAGACAAGUUAUUGCACUCAUCCAGUUUUUCUGGGCUGAUCUGUGACAGCAGAUUGUGAUGCUACGACCAUCCUUUGCAGCUUAUGGAAAAAGUGGUUCCGGUGGUAGAGAAGCGAAGGCCAGUACGCCCUCUUAGGCGAGUCCACUCCAUGAACUGGUAGUUAAUUUGUAUACACAUGAACUAUGGGAUGGAAAACAAGGUCCAUUCUCUUUCUUCAGGGAGCAGGAAUGCAGCAUUAUAUAUAUAUAUAUAUAUAUAUAUAAUUAUAUCUGGUAAAUCCACGCCUCUUUGCCCUAUGGGAGCCAUAUGCAUUAGUCUUAAGAAAUUUGAUUGCUUCGGACUGGAGGAGGAUCUCUAUCACGUAUGAGCAUUAAGAAGUGUUUUCUUUUUCUGUUUUUUUUUUUUAACUAAAUUUUCAGUAGAUCAGUACUAUUGCUGUCGGAGCUUAUUUAGAGGUAGACUGGCAUAUUGUAUUUAUAUACUGGCAGCCUGCGUCAGUGACCGUGAUUCGACAAAUAUAUGAGAUGGUGAAUGUUGUUGCCCCC